AUGGUGUUGGGGACUGAGGCUGUGGACGGUGUUGCUGACGUGACAGGCGCGGGUUCUGCCGACGCCGUUGCGGCGGUAGCAGCUGCUGACGUGGCGAGCGCCGCCACGGACGCCGCGACCGACGUGGCUGCACACGCUGCCGAAUCCGCCGCUGACGAAGCCUCCGACGAGGAAACAGAUCUCGAUAGCGCCGAAGAUGCGAGAAAGAAAGCCCUAGAAGACGCAGAGCUGGUGUGGCAUAAGUGCGUGCAGUCGGAGAAGCUGGGCGAGGUGUGCGUGGGGGUGUUUGUGGACUCUCAGCAGGAGCCGCCGCUGCUGUUCUCGGAGAUCAGCCUGCGGAACCACACGUUCCUGGUGCCGCUCGCCAAGGCCAAGGCGUGCUUGGACGACCAGCUGCUGCUGAAUCUGCUGCUCCACGACCCCAAGCUCGCCCCGUUUGCUGCGGAAAUUAAGCAUUCCAUGUUUCUCACAGAGAGGCAGGCUGCUGCAGCUGAUGUCAUGCGCGAGUUUGGACUUCCUGCCAUCAUGAUCAUGGAGAAGCUGGCUGCUGCUGAUGUCAUCAGCGAGUGCGUACUCUUUAACGGCCUCUCCAUUACUGUGGACAAACCCAACGACUGCCUGUACAUAGCGGCAUGUCCCCGGCUCUGCUCCCGCCUGGGCUGUCGCCAUGGGCACUGCCUCUACUCCAAGGACAAGGAGUUUGAAUGCUUCAGGGUGCGUGUGCCUCUGCACAGGCACAGCAGGGAUGUUGCAGUGCGCUAG